GGGCAACUUCAGUGCGAUAAAAGUCUUUUGUCAGUGGUGUGAAUGAUUUGUGGCUGCGAUUGAAAAAGUAAAAAUUUACCCAUUUAUUCUGGUAAAAACGCGAAAAGCACACUUGCAAUCCAGAGAUUGACAACUCGUGCGUGCGUGUGGUGUGUAGGUGGCACGAAAUUGUGGAUUUGUGAAUGUUGUGAGUGAGAAGAGCGCUGGAGAGCAGAAUCUUGGCUGUUUGAAAGAACGGCGCGUUGAUGACAUCUUUACGUGUUGAUGUUCUCCUAGAGUAAGGAAGUCCUGGAUUGUGAAUGUGCAGGUGAAGCCAAAGGGCAGCGCGGACAGAGUGGCAGGAAGAGCAGUGAAGGGUUCCACGAGAAGACUUGAGAGAGAGAGAGAGAGAGAGAGAGUGUGUGAAAGAGAGAGAAUUAGAGCGUGUGCAGAAUCUGUGUGUGAAUUUGGCGAGAUAAGAAGCGCACCAUGGCGACUCUGAGCUUCGAGGAGGCGCGCAAAUUGCUGGACUUCAAUGAGAAGCUGGACAUUGGCCUGCUGGAUAACAUCGUGGAGAGUCUUUAUGCCAGUCAGGGUGAACAGUUGCGGAUGGCACAGGAUGUCCUCACCACGCUCAAGGAGCAUCCGGACGCGUGGACGCGUGUGGAUACAAUUCUGGAGUAUUCGCAGAAUCAGCAGACCAAGUAUUAUGCACUGCAGAUACUCGAGGAGGUCAUCAAGACGCGAUGGAAGAUUCUGCCGCGGAAUCAGUGUGAGGGCAUUAAGAAGUACGUUGUGGGAUUGAUCAUAAAGACAUCCUCGGAUUCGGCCGUGAUGGAGGCGAAUAAGGUGUACUUGAACAAGCUCAAUAUCAUCCUCGUGCAGAUCCUGAAGCGUGAGUGGCCUAAGAAUUGGGAGUCCUUCAUUGGUGACAUUGUCGGUGCGUCGAAGACGAAUGAGAGUUUGUGUCAGAACAACAUGCAGAUCCUCAAAUUGCUCAGCGAGGAAGUGUUUGACUUCAGUUCGGGUCAAAUUACACAGACAAAAGCGAAGCAUCUGAAGGACACAAUGUGUUCUGAGUUCUCGCAGAUCUUUCAGCUGUGCUCCUUCGUGCUCGAGGGCUCACUGAAUGCACCACUAAUUGCUGCCACACUGGAGACGCUGCUGCGCUUCCUCAAUUGGAUACCGUAUGGAUAUAUCUUCGAGACGAAACUGGUGUCGACGCUGAUCAACAAAUUCCUGUCUGUGCCAAUGUUUCGGAAUGUCACGCUCAAGUGUCUGUCGGAGAUUGCCGGACUCACGGUCAACAACUACCGCCACAUCUAUGUGGAGAUGUUUGAGCAGACGGUGGAGCAAUUUAGCGCCAUCAUCAAUCCAAUCACCAAUAUGAAUCACAUUUACUACAAUGGUUCGGAUGCGGAGCAGAACUUCAUUCAGAAUCUCGCCAUGUUUCUGUGCACGUUCCUCAAGGAGCACGGUCAGUUGGUGGAGAACAACACGGCGUCGUUCAACAAGGCGCUGCACUAUCUGCUGCUGAUCUCUGAGGUGGAGGAUGUGGAGAUCUUCAAGAUCUGCCUGGAGUACUGGAACAGCUUGGCGGCGGCGCUGUACAAGGAGAUUCCCUAUCAGGCGCCCUUCCGCAUCACGACACCGUCACGCCGGAAUAUCUAUGCUGACACGCUGUCGAAGGUGCGCUGCAUCAUGAUCUACCGCAUGGCGAAGCCGGAGGAGGUGCUGGUGGUGGAGAAUGAGAAUGGCGAGGUGGUGCGUGAGUUCAUGAAGGACACCAAUGCGAUCAAUCUGUACAAGAGCAUGCGUGAGACGCUGGUGUAUCUCACGCACUUGGACUAUGUGGACACGGAGACGAUCAUGAUCUCACGACUGAUGGAGCAGGUGAAUGGCACGGAGUUCUCGUGGAAAAAUCUCAACACACUCUGUUGGGCCAUCGGCUCGAUUUCGGGCGCUUUCCAUGAGGAGGACGAGAAGCGCUUUCUCGUGACGGUGAUUAAGGAGCUGUUGGGAUUGUGUGAGCAGAAGAAGGGGAAGGACAACAAGGCGAUUAUUGCGUCAAACAUUAUGUAUGUUGUUGGGCAGUAUCCCAGAUUUCUGCGGGCACACUGGAAAUUCCUCAAGACAGUGGUGAAUAAGUUGUUUGAAUUCAUGCACGAGACUCACGAUGGCGUGCAGGACAUGGCAUGUGACACAUUCAUCAAGAUCGCCCUCAAGUGUCGGCGUCACUUUGUCACGAUGCAGACCAACGAAGCGUGUACAUUUAUCGACGAGAUUCUCGGAUCCAUGAGCACCAUCAUGUGCGAUCUGCAAUCGCAACAGGUGCACACGUUCUACGAGGCUGUGGGCUACAUGAUCUCCGCGCAGGCGGAUUGCGUGGCCCAGGAGGCGCUGAUUGAGAAGUACAUGAUGCUGCCGAAUCAGGUGUGGGACGAGAUAAUAUCGCAGGCGUCGAAGAAUGUGGACUAUCUGAAGGAUAUGUCGGCGGUGAAGCAGCUGGGGAGUAUCUUGAAGACAAAUGUGCGCGCGUGCAAGGCACUUGGCCAUGCGUACGUGACACAGUUGGGUCGCAUCUAUCUGGAUAUGCUGAAUGUGUACAAAAUAAUGUCGGAGAACAUAAGUCAGGCGAUUCAGCUGAAUGGUGUGAAUGUGACAAAUCAGCCAUUGAUCAAGGAGAUGAAUGUGGUGACGAAGGAGACGCUCACGCUCAUCUCAGAGUGGAUCACGAAGUCGGGCGAUCCGCAGUUGGUGAUGGACAACUUCAUACCGCCACUGCUGGAGGCUGUUCUUGUGGAUUACCAGCGCACCAAAGUGCCAAUGGCCAGGGAGGCCAAAGUGUUGAGUACAAUGGCGUCAAUUGUGAAUAAGCUGCAGGGCAGGAUAACGCAGCAUGUGCCGAAGAUUCUGGAUUCGGUGUUUGAGUGCACGCUGGAUAUGAUCAAGGACAAUCUCGAGGACUUCCCGCAGCAUCGCACCAACUUCUAUGAGUUGCUAUUUGCCGUCAAUGCGCACUGCUUUGAUGCAUUCUUGAAUAUUCCACCUGCCCAAUUUCGUCUUGUGUUCGACUCAAUUGUCUGGGCAUUUAAGCACACGAUGAGAAAUGUGGCGGAGAAUGGAUUGAAUAUUCUCUAUCAGAUGCUGACAAACUUGGCGGCUCAUCCGCAGGCGGCGCAGAGCUUCUAUCAGACAUACUUCACGGACAUCCUCACGCAGAUCUUCGCCGUGGUCACGGACACGUCGCACACGGCGAAUCUGCUGAUGCACGCCCAGAUUCUGGCGUACAUGUUCACGCUGGUGGAGACGGACCAGAUCACGGUCAAUCUGGGCCCCAUUCCCAGCAAUACUCUCUACGUGCAGGAGUACGUGGCGUCGCUGCUCAAGAGUGCAUUUACCCACUUGACCGACAACCAGAUCAAGGUCUUUGUCACGGGCCUCUUCAACUUGAACCAAGAUGUUGCGGCAUUUAAGGAGCAUUUGAGGGAUUUCCUAGUUCAAAUACGGGAGGUGACUGGAGAGGAUGAUUCGGACUUGUUCUUGGAGGAGCGCGAGAAUGCGCUUCGGCUGGCGCAAGAGGAGAAGAGACGUGUUCAAAUGUCGGUGCCUGGCUUGCUGAAUCCACACGAAAUGCAAGAUAUGCAAGACAUUUAAUGAUAAUAUGUAAAACACCACUGAGAAUUAUGUAGAUGUGUGCGCGCGCGAUAAGGGAAGGAUGAUGAGAGUGUGAGAGAGAGAGAGAGAGAGAGAAAUGUACUUGGAAGAUUUUCAUUACAAUUUAAUUUACACACAUUAAUUAUUACUUCAUCGAAUGGUAAAAAGAUAUUGUUUUUUUUUCUUUUUUAAAUAUUGUGGGCGGCGAGAAAAGAAGAGUUUUGUGGUUGGGCGCAAAACCAAUUUGACAAAUAACAGAGAAGAUUGAUGGAAACGAAAAUUUAGAUGUGGAAAUAAAGAGAGAGAAACACAAAACACAACCAACAAACUAUAAGAAAAUAAAAACAAUGAUUUGAUAAGAUUUAGACACAAAUUUUACAUUAUCUAAGGCAGAUUUGAACUUGAAAUUUCAACUUCAUUAUUAUAUAAAAGUGUAAAAAGGAAUCGCAUUGAAGCUAAAAAAAAAUGUAAGAAGAGAUUUAGUAGAUUGAAGACAUUGAGAGAAUUUUACAUACAUAGGAAAAUAUUUCAUACAGCAUAAAAGGAGGAGGAGAAGAAGAAGAAAAAAAUCCAUUUGAAUGUGUGUGGUGUGAAAAAAACAAACAAACUUUAAGUAAAAA